AAUUAUACCAAGCGGUGUGGCUUUGUUUCUUGGAUGAAAUCAAUCGGAAGAGAUGAAGAUGAUGACGUACAAGGGCAUCGAAGAUGCAACAGAAAUAUGCAGCGGUGAAUUAUCGCAUCAAGUGGGGAUAGUAUGUGAUAUAUUGAGCAGGCUCCCAGUAAAGACACUCAUGCGCUUCAAGUGUGUAUCUAAACAUUGGCAUUAUAUAAUUCAGGAUGAUAAAUACUUUAUUGAUUUGUUCCAUACUAGUUCGAAGUUAUGUCCAUGUCUCUUAAUAGCUGUUCCAUUACCUUGGUACAUCAUGGAAUUUUUUGUGUUCGUAUAUAUAUAAUCUGGCCACCUGAGAAUUAACACCUUGGUUGGAAACAACAUUGAAGAUAAAAAAAACGAUAGAUCUGACUAUAAACCGUGCCAUCAAUUUGGAUUUGAUCCUGCCACUGAGGAACAUAAAAUCAUUUGUCUUUGGAAAAAUAUAAAAUCUUAUUUAUGAUGAGAUUCUCAAAGAGCUUAUUAUGUACCUUGCGAAGUGUUGACAGUGGGCAAUAAUGCAUGGAGAAUUUUGAAGAAAUCCCCCAAUACGAUCUUGAAGAUGGUGCAUAUUCUCCCGAGCCACUUUCUUACGGUUCUGUAUAUGUGAAUGGCUCCGUAUAUUACAUCUGUGGGCACCUUAAGCUUAAACAUUGUAGUAGUGAGCAAAAGGUCAUAGUAGCAUUUGAUGUAGGAAGUGAGAAGUUCAGGACAAUUGCACUUCCUAAAUUCAUCACUGAUCAGCUGUUUGUGUACGACAAGGACUGGUACUUUAAUCCGCUUGUUAAUCUAUUAGAAGUGAACGAUCGCGUGGGUGUAUUACAUAGAUUACGUGUUGGUUAUACUGUCAAGCUGUGGAUACUUAAUCAUAAGAAGGAUACAAGUACUGGUGGCAUUAUAUGUAGUAACCAAAUCUGGAGUGAAGUGAUGAAUAUCGACUUACCUUUUCAAUUGGAUGAAAAAAAGCAUAUCGAAUUUCACGGGGUUCCAGGAACAGAUGAUAUACUUGUAGAAACAUAUGAAGAUGCGACAAAAUUAAGGUGUCUUUCUCUUUUUUACUUCAACUGGAAAGAUAAAACUUUUAGGAAAGUUGAAUCGAAUGAGCUAUGCUCCUCAAUUCUUCAUUUGAAUUCUGAAAAAGUAUUGAGGAAAGAUAUGUAGCUUUAGUUUCAACUUUCACUGAAAGCCUUUUUCCUGUUAACAAAAAGUCAUCUUAAGAGAGAUUUGGUUAGAGGCGUCCAGCACUAGAUU